GAUGAUCGGACGAUUGCCUGAGAAGUGGUCGUCGAAAUGCUUGACAGGAAAAAUGGGGAGAAUGAUGUGACCAUCAAGAUCUUGUACUGCGGAAUCUGCCACUCCGACCUCCACUCCGUCAAGAACGGGUGGCAAAACUCCGUCUACCCGAUCGUGCCUGGGUAAUUUUAGUUAUGCAUCAAUAUCUUGGACUCCCUCUGUUUUCGUUUUGAUUAACGUCUGGCAGAAUUUGUCGGCGUUGUCACCGAGGUGGGAGGCAAGGUGGGCAGGUUCAAGUUGGGCGAUCACGCCGGCGUCGGCUGCAUGGUCAACUCCUGCCGCAGCUGCCACGAGUGCGCGCGGCACCACAAGAACUACUGCCCCGGCAUGAUCGUGACCUGCAACGCCACCGACGUCGAUGGCAUCAUCACCUACGGCGGCUACUCCGACUCCAUCGUGGUGGAGGAGCACUUCGCGGUGAAGUUCCUAGCGGGCAUGCCGCUCGACCGCAGCGCUCCUCUGCUCUGCGCCGGCAUCACGGUCUACAGCCCCAUGAAGCGCUUCGGGUUAGAUGUCCCCGGGAAGCAUAUCAGAGUGGUGGGCCUCGGUGGGCUCGGCCACGUUGCCGUCAAGUUCGGAAAGGCCUUUGGCGCGAAGGUGACGGUGAUCAGCACGUCGCCGAGCAAAAGGAAGGAGGUUGCCGAGCGACUGGGCGCCGACGCUUUCCUGGUCAGCAAAGACCCAGAUAAGAUGAAGGCCGCUUGGGGGACCAUGGACGGCAUAAUCAACACUGUCUCAGCAGCUCAUGAUGUAACUCCAUGGUUGUUUCUUCUCAAAACUUCUGGACAAAUUAUCAUGGUUGGUGCACCAUUGAAUCCAUUAGAGAUCUAUGCUUUCCCCUUACUUUUAGGUGGGAAAUCUAUCCUAGGGAGUAUAAUUGGUGGGAUGAAGGAGACUCAGGAGAUGAUAGAUUUUGCAGAUCAAAGAAGCUGAGCAAACAAGUAAAAAUUAUCAGCAAAAGGUAAGAGAACUGGAGAAUUAAUUAAAUGGUGAGAGGACAACCAAGAAGGAUGUUGCAAAGUUCCCAAAGCCUCCAGUGGCUCCUUUAAGAUGGAGGCCUCCUUUACAAAGAAUCACCAAUCAGUUGUCACCCUCAGGACAUC